AUGUCAGACCCGGCGUCGGACGAUGCGCUGGAAGACAGUCAGGACGUGGUCGACCCGACGUCCGAAUAUGCUACUAGUAGUAGCCAGGACACGCAGAGCACACAGCUGGCGAGCUCACAGUCAUCCCAAGAAUCCGAGGAUCUUGCGCACCUCUGGGGUUGCCUCUACCCAUACAAUGGCUCCAAGAGGAUCGAAUUCCAGCGUGAAAACAUCUCCUAUACACUUGGGCGCUCAAGAUCCAACGACGUUGUUCUUAGUAAGGACAAUCCUCUUGUUGGUAAAUGUCACUGCUCCAUCGAUUGGAACGGGAAGGAUGGCCAAGAUUCUAUAGUUACUAUCUACAAUUUUUCUCCCAACGGCACUUUUGCCAAGGACGGAGAAGUUCCAAGCGAAGGUGUCGUAUUGGACGAUGGGGACGACAUAGUCUUGGGAACCAAAAACGGUAAGAAACCGCGUAUGAACGAAUCAAGAUACGUGUAUCAUCAUCUUGCCGAUUGGAAACCGAGCAUCCGCAACUUUUACCGACUUGGUAAACGGUUGGGUUGGGGCGCAUUCUCGACAGUCGUGUAUGCAGUCCACAAGACUGAUGGGAUAUACGCCGUCAAGAUUUUGAAGGCCGGAAAAGUAGAUCGGGAAAGCUACGAGAGGGAAAUUAGCAUCCUAUCCCAACUUGAACACGAGAAUAUUUGCCAAAUCAGGGAGGUUUUUGAGAGUGGAGAGGGCAAGACCUGGCAACCCUAUAUCGUAAUGGAGCUCGUUGAGGGUGGCGAUCUCGCAGCGCACCUCGAUGGCGGGGCAUUAUUUGAGGGUGAAGCGCAACACCUUACAUGUCAGAUCUGCGAUGGUGUUGCUCAUUUCCACGAGCUUGGGAUCACCCACCGAGACCUAAAACCAGCCAAUAUUCUGCUCACGAACGACGAGCCGCCCAAGGUCAAGAUCGCCGAUUUCGGCUUAGCUAAGGCAGUAAAUUCGAAAGAGUUGCUGAAGAGUAUGUGCGGCACGCCGGCUUACUAUGCUCCCGAGUUGUUUGCGGACAACAAAAAAGGGUACGACAACCGUGUUGACAGCUUCUGUAUUGGUGUCAUAGUCUUCCAGAUGUUGACUGGGUCGCUCCCUUUUAAAAGGUCUGAAGACCCGGACAUGGAAACAAAGGAACACGUAACCACUCGAGAAGUCGAAUGGCAUUCGUGGAAUAACCAGGAACCCAAAUUGAGCAAUCAAGCGGGGGACUUUGUCGAGUGCAUGGUACAGAAGGAUUACAAUGAGCGGUACACUGUCGCCGAAGCGCGGCAUCACCCAUGGCUCACUGAAUUUGUCGAAGAGGAUGACAAUGAUGAGCCUCUCCUUCCUGAAAUUAAUGAGGAAAUCGGCGGGCAGGCUAUAUCCCCAGGUGGUUCUCAGUCAACCCUCCGUGAUGAGGCGAAUCUACAGGCCACAUCUACCGUGCACGACUACCGAGUCAAAUUGGAGCAAGUCUGUGACAUACUGCAAAGCCAACGGCACCCUGAAAGUUAUGGCGACGUGUAUGCAGACGACAUAGACAAUACCUCCAUUCCCGAUUCGGCAACCCCAAGUGCCCCGGGCACACGCAACAGCACGCCUGCCACCAUCUGGGGAGCCUACGAAUCUAUGUUACAACCCCACGAGGACUAUAAAGAUCUCGGCGAAACGUCUGCAGCCGGCGCAGGCAACGAUUCCAAUCGCAACUUAGUCACCUCGAAUGCCUAUGGUACGCGCACCAGCACGCCUGAGACCGUGCAGUGUGACGAUGAUGGCAUUCCCGAAAUUUCCUCAUCCUCAUCGGCGCGGCAGGCGGCCAACCUAAUCCUACUUGGGAAACGCAAGUCGUCCUCCCCAUCUCCAGAGAUGGAGCAGCCGUCGCAAGGUGGGAAUGGUGACGAGUCCCCGACGAAGCGCCUCCGUACCUCUGUGGGCGGCUCCAGCAUCAUAGCUGCGAGGGGUGGCUCACCGGUGCCGUCGCUCGACUAG